AGCCUUAUUACAAAAAAGGCGUAAGUGGAAUCAUCUGUUCAAGUUUCAAAUUUGCGUCAUUUGUUUCAAUUGCUAUCGUUUGUUUAAUUUGAAUAUCAAUCUUCGACAAAACAUGUCUAACAAUCAACAACCACAAAAUUUUAAAAAGGAUACUACGAACAAAUCUAAAAUUGAUCUCGGAUUUGAAGAGGAUGAUGAAUUUGAAGAAUUUCCAGCUGAAGAAUGGAAUGAGAAAGAUUCGGAUCAGGAAUUCACCAUUUGGGAUGACAAUUGGGAUGAUGAUGACAUGAAAGAUGAUUUUUCCAUGCAAUUAAAAAGCGAAUUGGAGAAACAAAAGUUGGUUUAAAUUCAGCAAUGAAAUAUUUCGACAACAAUUUUCAUCUCAACAACAACAAUAUCUCUCAAGUGUUCAAAAUUAUCAUAACUUCAUCAUUCGAUCAGUUUAAAUAAACAUUUUAUUGAAACAAAAAUAAAUCAUUUGUUCUUACGGU